GCAGCAUCUCUGAGCGCGCCGGAAUCUCUCGUCAGAGCUCUCCAGCAGGGCUAUUUACGCUCUUGCUCAGCACCGUCGUUUUCUCGUUUCUUACUGACUGACGAGGCCUGUGUAUGCUGCAAAGGACACUUCGCUCAUCUGGGCUUGCCCGCCGCCGUCUCGCCACUUCCAGCAGGAUUGGAUGGACACGGACGUUCGCUACUCCCACUGGCGACCAGAAGGACCCCAACUCCAAUAAGGAGGUAGAGAAAUCUGCAGAGGAGAAAGGCAAGGCGAAGGAGGAUGUAGAGAAAGCAAAGGAGUCUCAGCAGGGGCCAGUGGAAUUGCCCAAGGGCUUGGAGGGGUUCUUCCAGCGGUACAAGCAAGAGCAGGAUUCUCCUAAAGACAAUAGCUCGUCCAGACAGUCUUCGCAAGAAGACACCAAUCAGCAACGCCAGAAACCUCCACCGCCUCCGCCUCAGGGCGGCAAUAACUUGAAUCCCAACCAGCUUGCGUUGCUCGGUGUUUCUGCCGCGAUCAUCUACGCUCUUUCCAGUUCGAAUGCAUCCAGCUCGCGCGAGAUCACUUGGCAGGAGUUCCGGACGGCUUUCCUUGACCGGGGCUUGGUGGAGAAACUCAUUGUAGUGAAUGGACACAAAGUACGCAUUAAGCUCCAUCCCAAUGCGACGUCAACCGUCUACCCGGGAGCACCGCUUGGAGGGGGUGACUUCUAUUUCUCCAUUGGCAGCGUGGAUGCCUUCGAGAGGAAGCUUGAUGAGGCGCAGGCUGAGCUUGGGAUUCCCAGUCACGAGCGAAUACCUGUCGCGUAUCACGAUGAGAUCUCGACAGUGGGAACGCUCUUGCAGUUUGCGCCUACACUCCUCUUUGCGGGUUUGCUCUUGUGGAUGAGCCGGCGGGCAAGCUCAUCAGGCGGAGGAGCAGGGGGCAUCUUCAAUAUCGGCAAGAGCAAGGCCAAGAUGUUCAAUAAGGACACCGAUGUCAAGGUCCGCUUCAAGGACGUUGCAGGCAUGGACGAAGCCAAGGAAGAAAUCAUGGAGUUCGUUAAGUUCCUCAAAGAGCCCGCACGGUACGAGAAGCUCGGUGCCAAGAUCCCUCGCGGCGCUAUUCUUUCCGGUCCCCCGGGGACGGGUAAGACGCUGCUGGCCAAGGCGACGGCAGGCGAGGCCUCAGUGCCUUUCUUGUCCGUCUCUGGAUCUGAAUUCGUGGAGAUGUUUGUGGGUGUCGGUUCCUCCCGUGUGCGUGACCUGUUCGCGUCGGCGAAGAAGAACGCACCAUGUAUCAUCUUCAUUGAUGAGAUCGACGCCAUUGGUAAAGCCCGUGGCAAAGGUGGAGGAAUCGGUGGUAACGACGAGCGAGAAUCGACACUCAACCAGUUGCUCGUUGAGAUGGACGGUUUCUCAACCAGCGAGCAUAUCGUUGUUCUUGCCGGUACCAACAGACCGGAUGUGUUGGACCCUGCUCUCAUGCGCCCCGGACGAUUCGACAGGCACAUUGCUAUCGACCGACCCGAUGUCUCCGGACGGAAGGGAAUUUUCGAGGUUCACUUGAAACCUCUCAGGCUAUCACCAAAUCUGCCGCCGCUCGGCGAUUUCGCACAGAAACUGGCUGUCCUCACGCCAGGUUUCUCCGGUGCUGACAUCGCAAAUGUGUGCAAUGAAGCGGCUUUGCAUGCUGCUCGCGCUGGUUCCGAGUACGUGGAGGAAAGGAAUUUCGAGACCGCUAUCGAGCGGGUGAUUGCGGGUCUGGAGAGGAAGAGCCGAGUGCUGAGCAAGGAGGAGAAGAAGACGGUGGCAUACCAUGAAGCUGGCCACGCUAUCUGUGGUUGGUUCUUAGAACACGCCGAUCCUCUCCUCAAAGUCAGCAUCAUUCCGAGGGGUGUUGGAGCGCUGGGAUAUGCUCAAUACUUGCCUCCGGAUCGCUACCUCCUUUCAACGCCCCAAAUGAUGGACCGGAUAUGCAUGACGCUCGGUGGUCGUGUGUCUGAGGAGAUAUUCUUUGGGCACGAGAAUAUUACAACGGGUGCCCAAGACGAUCUUCAGAAGAUCACUAGGAUGGCUUUUGAAGCCUGUGCCAACUAUGGUAUGAAUGAUAUCAUUGGCCCCGUCAGCUACGGCGGACGGGAGGGUCAGAGGGAAAGCUGGCAGAAACCCUUCAGUGAAAAGACCGGCGAGAUGUUGGACAACGAAGUACGGAAGAUGAUUACUAACUGUCACCGACGCACGACGGAAUUGCUCACAGAGCACAAGGAGGAUGUUGAGAAAGUUGCUAAGCUCCUCUUAGAGAAGGAAGUGAUCACAAGAGAGGAUAUGAUCCGCCUUCUAGGCAAACGUCCAUUUGGAAGUCGAUCGGAUGACAUGGACAAAUGGUUGGACGAGCACCCUCCAUCUGAGCGGCACGCGCCUCAGCCAUUCCCCGAAGGGCCUGCGCAGGACGGCCUUGAUCAGCCCCCUGCACCAGCACCGCUCGCCACAAGUUCGAGAGUGACGACUGUUGAAGAGUUCUUCAGGAGAUAAUCUUGGGUGACAUGUAUGGUCUAGACGGACACCAUGUACUGUAUCUAUAGUUAAUAGCACUUCCCAAGCAACCUUGUGGUUGCGCUUGUGCCCCCACUCAAGGUUUCGCC